UAUUUUGGUCCUCUUGGUAAAGGAGGACCACGUUUAAGAAGAUCUCCUGCUGAAAUUCAUGGUCCAUCGGUACAAGAACAAGUCCUUGAUCAUGUGCAGCAAGAUGCUUCACAUGAAUAUCAAUUGGUGAAGGAACGAAAACCUCGUUCUGUUCCAGCGAGAACGAAACGUUCUGGUCGCGUGAAUCGUCGAACGAUUAUUGAAAUUCAUUUUGAAGUGUUGGACGAAUGUCAAAAAGGGGACACACAAGUGAACCAGAAGGAUUUUCUGGAACUUUUGGUUCAAGAGUUCAUGGGAUCCGAAUUAAUGGAAGAAGAAGAACAGGUUCCUAAGGAAGAAGUUCUUAUGGAAGGUGUUCCUUUGGAACUUGUUCCUAUUGAAGAGGUUCCAAUGGAACGUGUUCCAAAUUUAGGUUCCGGGUUACUGGUUUAA